AUGACAACCGAGCAAUCAAAGACGGCUUCACCUCCUACUUCCGAACAUCCUUUUCCUGCUACUGCUACUAACUCUGCUUCUGCUUCUAUUCCUCCUCAAUUUCCUCAUUUUGCUGGCGCAUAUCCUCCAACAUUGCCUCCGGGAUAUCCUCCAUUCUUCGCCUACCCUCCUCCCAACGAUGGACAACAAGGAGAAGGAAAUCCCGCACCGCUUCCUUAUCCUUUAUUGUAUCCUCCUCCUGGAAUGGUGUAUGCAUUUCCUCCUCCAACGGCUCCAGCUGCAACGCCUGCGUCGUCAGUUUCUAACUCGCGGCCUAAGCGAAGACAAGUCAAGAUGGCAUGUACCAAUUGUGCCGCCGCGUGCAAACGCUGCGACGAGGCUCGCCCAUGUGAACGAUGCAAAAAAUAUGGCAUUGCGGACAGUUGCGUAGAUGGCCAGCGCAAAGAGCGGAAGAAAGGUAUCAAAAGAGGGCCUUAUAAACGGAAGAAUAAAUCUUCGGAAGAUAAUUUUGAAUAUACAGCGCAAUCGCCUUCUGAAGGAGGUGAAUGGCCUCAAGGCUCUCCUCCGCCUCCGAAUACGGCAACGACAUCGGGUACCUUGCAUUCUGUCGCUCAAUUUCCUCCCGUACCCGAGGGCCUCUAUCCUAUUUACCUUCCACCAGGCUAUACUCUACCUGAACCUCAGCCUAAUGUAGAUGGGUCCGCUCCAUCUGGCCCAACUUUAGUACCUUUCUACAUCGGUAGUUUUGCGCCGUACGGAUUACCUCCGGGUGCAGUUUUCCAACUUCCGCCGCAAGGUACACACCCUCCUCCUCCGCCGGCUUCACAGUCAAUGACGGUGGAGGCUGGGACUGUAUCUACAGCCGCUAAGCGCUCAGCAGAACAGGUUAGCGACUCGACUACGGCUUCAGUUCCGACUGCAACAACCAUUUCCGAAGAUGCAGGUGACGAGAAUGUUCAUGAUCAUACUAAGGCCGGCAACAACAACAACAACAGCAACAAUGAAGCAUUUUGCGAGGGUGAUGCUACCAUCAUGGACCUUGAUAGGUCCUCAAUUGGUGACUAA